AAAAGAUCUCGCUCGCGCCGGGACGGGUCGGCCAUGGCGACCGACGAGCCACACGCGCGCUUUGGGUUGCACCUGCCGCUGGUCUACGGCGCCAAGGCCAAGUCCGCGCUAACGCCUUCAGAGCAGCAGAACCGGCUCCAUGGGCUCUGGAUAUCCGAGGCGCAGCGGGUCGUGGACGCCGACGUCGCCGAGCGCACCGAGGCCAUGAGCCUGCCACACAAGCUUGCGCGCAAGGCCAACAUCUACUUGGCCGAGAACCGGCGCCUCGACAUGCUGUUGCGGCGCAAGCCCACGCAGGCCAAAAUGAGGAGCCUGACGAAGCAGAAGAAGAAGAAGAAGACGAACCCGCGCAUCGUCGACGAUAUGCUGGCGCUCGAGCACCGCUACCGCGAAUGCGCCAAGGUGGUGCAAAAGGCAUGGCGGCGAUACAGCCAAAAGCAGUUUUGGGCCACGUACGUGCGCUACGUGCGCGCAAGCGUCGAGAUCCAACGCAUCAUGCGGGGUGUCCUCACACGCAAGUGGGUCCGGGUGUGGUAUCUCUCGCAACUGCGCUUUGUCUCCAAGAUCCAAGCGACGUACCGAAGCUUCCUUUACCAGCGCGUCUUGGCCACCAAGUUCCAGUGGGAGAGCUACAACGCCAGCGUCAUCCAGCGGUAUACACGCGGCUACUUUGGUCGCCGGCGCGCGCUUGCGAUCAAGCGCCAUCUGGCGGCGCUGCAUGUGCAGAUGCUCUGGCGCGGCGUCGCGAGCCGGAAGCGCUCGGACGCACAUUGGCUCAGUCGCAGCGCCAUUGUCGUUCAAAAGCACAUGCGGCGCUUCCUCGUCCAGCGCAAGACCCGCAGUUUGCGCGCCGCGUAUGACGUUGCCGCCGUGCACAUCCAGCGCCUCUUUCGCGGCAUGCGCGCCCGCGUGCGCGUCGAUUCGAUGCUGUUUGAGCGCGAGACGACGAAUCGCAAGCUGGUCAUGGACGUUCUGGACGCCGAGCUUGUCUGGUACAAGGAACACGUUCAGAAGCUCCAGCGCCGCGUCGACAAGUCCAAGCUCGAGACUCUGGUCGUUCAGAUGGAAAGUGAGCACCACCGCGCCCACGUUCGCAUCAACGACAUGGAGUGCGUCUACAUUGACAUGCAAGAACAGCGGCUGAAAAUGUCGCCGCGGGCGAUUACCGACGGCUGGCUGUACGAGAUGGAAGCAAAAAUCAAGGCGCAGCGGGCACAGAUCACGGCCGCCAAACUCGACGCUGUGUUUGGCCACGGCCUGCGAUUCCGUGCCAGCGUAACCAAGCUACAGACGCUGCAGCGACAGCGCGACGACGCGAUCGCACGCCGGGACGAAAUUGAGCGCUGGCGCGUCGAAGAGUUCCUCGACUACUGGGAGCGAGAUAUGCAUCACAUGGCGAUCCUCCGCGCGCGGCAGCGGCAGCAAAAAAUUGCCGACGAGCGUCGAAAAUGGCGCGUCACGCCGUGCACAAAGGAAGGCAAGGUGCGACUGCACGCGGCCGCGCGAGAAAGCACGGUGUUUUGCAUUGGCAGUUCGAAUUUGCUCGCCUUUUCCAAGGAAUUCCAAGCCCAGAAGAGCGCCGUGACGGCACUGACCGAGCAAGUCGCGCUCGUGUCGUCCACGGCGCAGCUGGAACAAGCGCAAACGAUGUUGAUGCCGCUCCUUGAUACGUUUACGAAAACGUACAACGGCGUGCACCAAGCCCUGCACAACGCCCCCCCGCGCCCGCACGCUGUGGCGAUCGAGCGCUCGACCAGCGUCGAUCCACCGUUAGAGACAGAAAUUGUAGUGAAGAAGAAGGUCAAGACACUGGGGCAGCAGCGCCGGAUGCGAGAUGCGCAUGUUCCGUGGUCACUCCUCGAUCAGCUCGCGGCGGAGAAGACCAAGCUGCAGACAGAGAAAGCGCUCGGUGCAGUAUUUAAGCGUCGAAAACCGAUCGGCGACGACUAGAAAAGAGACAAUAAUGUCAAUAUGUUUGAGGGAGUGAACGGUCUUGAAUUGC